GUCUGACAUGUUGCACACGUUGAAUCAUUUACUUAAAAACAAAGCCUCGAAAACUUUGCAUUAGUUCCCUACGCAAAGAGGACACAUCCUACACAAAUCAUGGACCCGACCCACCGUGAGCCCAUGGCGAUGUGGGACCAUGCUCUGAGUCUGAACCAUUUAAUUUUCACGACGGUUUUGCGACGCACUGACGUUUCGAAAUCCGGCCUCCCGUUUCCGGCAGAGGACUUCCACAUGGCCACGGACCCCUCUGUGAUGUUUUGACACUACAUCCAUUAGUAAGGAACCACAUCGAAUGAACUGCUGGUGAUUGACAGCGAUCGAACAUGGGUAAAAGUAAAAAUAACAAAUUCAAGCGUCCGCAGUUCAACUCUGCAGGUCUGCCUGUAGGGGCUGUGAAGGAUGUGGAGGAAGAGCACGAAGAGGAGGACCACGUUGAUGCCGAAUGCCCGGCUGCAGAGCUGCUGGAGAAACUGCAGAGUCCUAGUGCCGAUGUGCGUGAAUUUGCCUGCGCCAGCAUAUCCCGGGUGGUGCAACAGAGCCAGACCAUCCCCAGCUUCCUCCAGAGGGAUGUGGUGAAGCGCCUGGGGCCCAUGCUGCUGGACUGCAGCCUGGCGGUCAGGGAGACGGCCGCCGGGGCCCUCAGGAAUCUCAGUGCAUGUGGCGGUCAUGAGGUCUGCGAGGACAUGGUGAAGCAGGACAUUCUGACGCCCCUGACAUCUCUGCUCAGAGAGUGUUGUGCCGGUUUCGAGGCCAGCACGCUGUCCAUGACGGAUCAGAAAAACACAGUCCAAGAUGUGGCCUACGAGUCAGUGAAUCUACUGUGGAAUCUAUGCGAGAGCAGCAGCCAGGCGCUGUCUGUGUUCAACAAGGCCGGCCUUCUGGACGUCAUUAUCCAGUGUCUGGAGACACACACGCACAAUGUGGAGCUGGCCAUAUCUGCCGCCCACUGUUUACACACCGUGACGGAGGACAAUCCGGAGCUGCUGUGUAGCAUGAACGUAGCCGUGCUGACGAGCCUGGAGAUGGUGCUGGGGUCAACCUCCCCCGGCAUGGCCCACAACCACCUGAGGACGCUGGCCGCAGGGGUGAUGUGGAACCUGAAGAGCAGCCUGCCGGCCGCCCGCCAGGCCCAGACGCUCAGCGCCGUGGCCGCCACCCUGGCCCAGUGCCUGGCGCUGGACGCCGGCGUGCUGCUGCCCCAGCUGAGGGCGGCGGAGGAGGCCCGCUUUGCCGGCGCCGCCGCGGAAACGGCGUCGGCCGACCAGGCGGGAGGGGCUUCCAAAUUGCUGGAGAUGGAGGAGAUGGAGGAAGAGGAAGAGGCGGCGCCCCCCAAGAAGAACGGGAAGAAGGCGGUGAAAGACACCGACUUCUCUGACCUCUUGCCGAGGGAUAAGGGAGAGCUGAGGGAUGCAGUGGCUCUGCUGUCCGCCCAGCAGACGUCUUUGGAGAUCAUCGUCAACAUGUGCUGCUCGGACGACCCGUCGGACGACGAGUGGGAGGAGGCGUCCAGCAGCGACGAGAGCGAGGCGGGGCCGGACGCCCUCUGUGACGGGCUGUCGGGGCUCAUGUCCCCGCUCUGCCUGUCGGCCGAGGUCCACGCGGCCCUCGUACACCACCGCAUCCCCGAGAAGGUGCUCAAGAAGACCCAGUUUCCUUGCAAAGAGGCCAUGGAUGUGUGCCAGCAGAAUCCAUCGUGGAAAUGCCUGAUCAAAAAGAUGCAGCGGGUACAGUACCGGGCGCUGACCUGUCUCCACAACGUCCUCUCCACCAUGGACGUGGAGUCGCUGGGCGGGGCGGAGGCCCUGCAGGGCGUGGCCCAGCACCUGUCCUCGCUGGUCUUCAGCCCGCCAGAGAUCCCCAAGGAGGAGGAGUUCCUGGAGGCUGUCACCAGCGCCAUGCGCUCCCUCCUGCAGACGAUUGCAUCUAAAAACAUCCCUCAGUGCAUGAGCCCUCAGCAGCUGAUGAGCCUGAGCGAGGCGGCUACGCGCUGCGACGUGGUCAGCGUGCGGGUCAAUGCCCUGGCCAUCCUGGGCAUCACGGGCAGCACGCUGGCCAAGGAGAAGGGAACGGCAGACACUCUCCAGAUGAUCGGGAACGCCCUGCUGCAAGUGGCCUCCAAGGACGCCAACCUAGUGGUGAACGGCGAGGCCCUGGACGCCCUCCUCGACGUGUUCGCGGACGGAGACGAGGCGGAGAAGGCGGCCAGGAACAUCCAGCUGCUGACGGCUCUGAAGACUCUGCAGCCUGUCUUCAAGUCCAAGAUUCGCAAGGAGGGGCGGGGGAAGUACAGCCCUGAGCAGCUGUGUGUUCUCGACAACAUCAAAGUCAAUCUGAGGCGCUUCAUCGGCUACCUGGAGACGGUGAUGAAGAAGUGAGCGAUCCAGGACCCCGGCAUAUGCUGUUGGACCCCGGCACAUGUGAAUGACUGGCUGUAUGUGGGCGAGAUCAACGAGCAGUCAUGUGAUCUAUAAAGAAGAUAGAGAUGAUUUCAAAGAGAUGAAUUGAUCUAUUUAUUAUAUUUGUAGGAACGAUUUUCUUCCAUUUUCUCCCAAUAUUUGACAAUUUAUUUUAAUGUUUUACUGUUUUUCAUUUAAGGGAGUAUGUUUUUGAAAAUAUACAAAGGUAAUAAAAACAUGGUCUUCUUGAGAUACAUAAAAGUGCUUCUAAUCCGAAUUUGUAUCAUGAUUUUGAUAUGAUUAAGGCUAUGCAAUAAGAUAUAUUGAUUUAAAUGCAAAAACAUGAACUCUGUUCACUAAGCAAAUGCCUACGAUUUAAUUGACAUGUCAAGCUGAUUCGAUUAACCAAAAUUCCUGUAAGACAAAAUCGCCCCCAUUACAAUCAUAUUAUGUGCACUUAAAUUGUAGACCAUUUAAAGUAACACUUCAAAAUCAAAUCAGUCCUUGAAUAAACUGUUUUAAGACACUACAUACAUUAAAGAGCCCAUAUUAUGCCAACAGGUGUGGGUGUGAUUAGCCAUUACACACCUAACCCUUUGAAAAUCUCUAUAUUUUAUUUCCUGUGCUUUAGGGAAAUCACAAGUGGGAGUAUCCACCUAGACGUAUAAUGUAUAAAUAAGCAACAUUUGCUACAGUCCAUUUGAUAUCUUGCUAGACU